UUGUCCAAAAGAGAGGAGCCAAUAAACAUCAGCAUCCACCACCACAACAAUAGAUAGAUGGAUGGAGAGAUAGAUAGACAUAAACGUACAGAACACACAUUAACAUUCCAGACCGCAGCAUCACCGCCACUUCCGCAGCAUCACCGCCACUUCCACACCCGCCGGUGCCACGUCAUCACCGUCGACAUGGGUGCUGCAGAGCCUGUGGUGGAGAGAGAAGGUGAAGAAGUUGAGGUGAGAGAGGAAAAUGGGAAGAACAAGGAAGAGGGGGAAGAGAGUGAUGUUGAGAAAGGUGAGGAGGUGGGUUUUGAAUUUGAAGAACAGGCGGUGGCUGCAGAGAGCAACACCAAUGAUGACCAUAAUCAGAGAGAUGUUCAUAUGUCAAUGAUGCACAGGCUGAAUCCUACAAACCCUUUGAGAAUCGUCAUCAAUAGUAACACCAGAGCUGCAACUCCACCUCCUCCUCGGUUCUCUCAUGGAAGUAAUAAUAUCAGAGUUGGUGCUACUCCAUCGCCUUCUCACUUCUCUCAUACUCCCCCGCAUUCUCAGCCUCGUUCUACACCAACCCCACAACCAUCUAUUACAACACUGAAUUCAAGAAAAUACACCAACAAGAUAUCUCUGUUCCUGUUCCUUCUACACAUGAUUGCAGCUAUUGGGCUUGUUGGUUUUCUUAUAUUCAAGGGAGUUCAGGGGCUGAUAGAAGCAUCUGACAACAGAGUUAAGAGAGCGGAGAAAAGAGUUUUAAAGUUUUUUCUACCACAAGUUGAAGCUGCAUCUCUUUUAAGCAUUAUCCUUGCAUUUGCAUGGCAAAAGGCAGUGAGGGUGUGGCCUAAAUUUUUUGUUCAUUUCAUAUUAUGGACCACUUUUCUCAUGUCUCUGUCUGCUGGAAUUCUACUAAUUUGCUUCCAAAAGGCUGCCACUGAUGGCGUUGGGGUCUGUUUUAUUGCUUUUGCAAUAGGCAAUGGCUUAUACGCUUGUUGGAUCACGCAGCGGAUUGGAUUUUGUAGCAAGAUAUUGAUCAAAUCGCUCGAACCAGUAUCAAAGUUCCCUGAUUUGAAUCAACCCACUUAUUGGAUGCUUGGGGUUGGAUUUUUGUGGAUGUCCCUAUGGAAUCUAGCAGUAAUUGGAGCUCUGAAUUUCUAUUUGACCCCACUGAUGAUAGUUUUGCUGGGAUUGAGCUUGGCUUGGACAGCCGAAGUAAUGAGGAAUGUGGCAAAUAUAACCGUGAGUAGGGUUAUUUCUCUGUAUUAUCUCAGAGGAAUGCAAUCUAACACUAAAUUUUGCUUUCAAAGAGCCUUGAGUAAAAGUCUUGGAAGUGCAUGCUUUGCAUCUCUCUUUGUGCCUUCAAUUGAAGCCCUGAGAAUUGUUGCUCGAGCCUUAAAUUUACUUGAGGGAGAAGAUGAGUUCAUGUUUUCUUGUGCACAUUGCUGUCUGAGAGUCAUGGAGUCCAUCUUCAGAUAUGGCAAUGGCUGGGCCUUUGUACAGAUAGCAGCAUAUGGGAAGGGUUUUGUGAAGGCAUCACAAGACACUUGGGAGCUCUUUGAAAGACAAGAAAUGGAACAAAUUGUUGAUUCGGAUAUUACCAGCUCAAUCUGCUUCUUAACCGGUGUCUGCAGUGGCUCUAUGUGUGUCAUAGUUGUGGCUGCUUGGACCGCCACAGUGCACCAAAGUUUCACAGCCACGAUUUCCCUCCUUGCAUUCUUCAUUGGAUACCUUAUGACCAGGAUAGCCAUGGCACUCCCACAUGCUUGUGUAGGUAGUUACUUUGUUUGCUAUGCAGAGAACCCAGACAACAGAUUAUUUGACAACACAAUUAAGGAUCGUCUGGCUUUGAUGAAAUCUGGUCGAGAUGUAGCCAUCCGCACACCUCGAGUACCCCGCCGGUUUGCAGCAAGGUAAAACAUAGUGACACUGCCAUUAACUCCUCACACUGCAGCACCACCAUUUGUGCUCUCACAUAGAAGUGUGAAGGAGUGCAGGAGGUGUUUUGGCACUCCCAAACAUAGUUCCGGCCCUGAUUUACCCUAAUUGUACGAUAUUAUGAGGGCAUUGGAUAUAGUUUGGACGGAUUUUUUGGAUGUGCAAGUUAUAUAUUUACUACCUCUUGUAACAUGUAUGUGGGGUCCAUUGCGUGCAUGUCAAUGGAAAGUAUGUAUGUAUAACUGGCACAUAUUUUCGGGGAGUCAAGGAAUCAGCCACAAAUGAGCUCAAAGUUAAAAUUACCUACAAUUGCAAGAGUGAGUGAUGGUGCUGGUGAUCAAAGGUUUUUUGAAUGAGAGAGUUGAAGCAUUACUGGAUGUACUGUUGGAAGGAACGUGGAGGCACUGAGAUUCCAUCCAACAAGGCUUAAAAGAAAGUGUCUCUUGCUCCUUGUCCUUUUGAAUAAUGUAUCUACUUUUGGCAUAUACCAUAUGCUCAAAAUGCCCCACCGUUAUUUUAUUAUCUUCACCUUGU